UCCAGCCCAGUUUGCUUUUGAUGAAUCCCAGCCAGCAGAUCAGGCCCUCAGCACAAAUCCGGUUCAUGACAGGCCAGUUCAACCCCAUUUAGACCAGUUCAGCACCAUUCAUGCCGGUUCAGGACCCAUUUUGACUGUUUCAGGCAACAUUCAGACCAGUUGA